AUGGGCAAGGCUAGUCAUGUAACUCUGAGCCUUUGGCCCAGGGCAGAACCGUUCGCAUACGGUAUCUUUCAAGUUCAUCCUCAUCCAAGACUUGCUGUUCAUAACAUCAAAAAGCUUGUUACUUAUGCAAAAAACAAAAGUAAAACUGGAUCAAGAUUAAGUUAUUCUGUUUGGAAACAUGUAGCAUGUAAUAAGCUUCAGCUAACUGAGGAUUUGGCUUGGGUCCUCUUUCACACAUGCCUAACUAUGUCGGCGACACAAUAUGAUAAGCUUAAGGAUGUUGAUGAAAGGAUAUUUACUGCAGCAAAUUCAGCAGAUGCCGAGAGGAUUCGUACUUCACAAUCCGUUAAUUUGUUCACAUUUGUACUCUUUCUGUACAUACAGCAAAUAAACAAGAUAUCACUGCGAGCUUCAGCAGUGUCAGCCAAUGCUGAGUGGCCUGGUAGUUACAGUCGUUCAUCCGAUUUGGAUUCAGGUCGUUCAACUCCUAUCAGACUAUGUCGCAAUCUAGAUGAGCAAUAUCAUUUUCAAUUUAUCAGUGAAAAUUUGAAUGAAAUGCUUGAUCUCCUUGUUGAACCCGAUAACCAAGGUGGAAAUAGUAUGGAUGCAACAUUGUCUGAAGGCGCUGUCGAAGCUUUGGAUCUUGUUUUGGAAGGAUCAGCUGAUGAAGGAAGGACGCUUAAUUCAUUUUCAGAAAUUGUCCAUAUACCAACAAUUCUUCCAGCAACUGGUUAUUCCAAGGUUACACAUGCUUUCCAUUUACGUGGCCUUCUUUCUUGGAUACGUUCAUGGUUAACACAAAACCCGUUUUCGGUUGAAAACUGUAUUCGAAAUGGUCGACGUUUACAGUGGCGUCUUCCUCAUCAGGUUGUCUUGGACAAUGAGUCUGGUUUGAACAAUACUCAGCAACAGCCACAGAAUGAUAUCAUAAAGCGUCAAAAGAUUGCGACAAACGCACACCAAGUUCCACGAACUGGAGGUCACAGUGGAAACAAACUGGUUGUCAUGUCAAUGAUUUCUCGCCAAAUUAUUGCUCGCAGUUCUGCUACACUUGAUGGUGCCACGCUUAAAAUACAUCGUGCCCAUUGUAGUUAUUUAUAUCUCUUGUCACCGAUGAGGUCUGUUACACUAGAUAAGUGUCGCAAGCUGACCAUUGUUUUGGGACCGAUUGAAAAUACUCUCCAACUUAACCAUUGUGAAGACUGUUUGGUUAUUGCAGCCUGUCGUCGUGCUGUCUUGGCUUAUUGUCGUCGGUGCACAUUGCAUUUAGCUAUACAAUCUCGUCCAAUAUUGAUUCAGCCCCCUGUUCCAAACACUAUCAGUGGAUCUAUGAUUAUUUCAAAUAUUCCUGGAAAUAAUUCGGGUACAAAUACUUCUACCCCAGGCACCCCUACGCCUGGUAGUGUAGCACUGGUUGGUAAUGAAGAAAUCUUGUUGGCUCCCUUUCAUACAACGUAUAUGAAACUUGUGGAUCACCUGAACAAGGUGAACCUUAGUCCGAAAGUGAAUUAUUGGGAUCGUCCAUUUUUGUUGGGACAAGAUUCCAGUCGUCAAGACUCAUCUCAACAAUCAUCCAGAGUUCGUUGCUGGGACUUACUACAACCCGCCCAUUUUUAUCCGUUUAAUAUUCCACUUUUGCUCUCUACUCGAGGUGAAAGUAUGGACCGCAACCCGAUCGGUGAAAAUUAUACUCGUUCGGAAGAAGCUGUUCCUAAUGGUAAUCCUCAAACGGCUAACUGUCUGGAUUUGAGCGCAUCACUUAUAACGAAUACGUCCAGAUACUUUGGCGAUUCAGAUGAAAGACGUUUAGAGAACUAUAUUUCCAUGGCUAAUAACAUUUUACCAAUUCCAUUGCCUUCCGCUUAUUUAAUUGCUUUACAUGAAAGGGCUGGAGCUUAUCAUAAGUGGCCUCAACAUGUUAUGAAUGCAAGGUUAACCCUUGAUCAACGUCAUAGUUUUAGCACCGUUGUGGAUCAGAGAUUUCGACAAUGGUUGAUAGAAUCAGGCAAUUUGCGUCAAUUACAACUCCUAGAGCUAAGCACAGGUCACGUGAAUCCAGUACCAUCUUGCAAUCCUACUGCUUAUUCUGUCGACAAAAGUGUUGCUCCUAUGUCUGUGAGUUCUACUUUUCAAAGCCAUCCAGAUCGAUCAGAUCAUGGGGUUCAUAGUUCUUAUGCUGAUGGUCACAUAAGCAAUUCUAUUCGGAGUGGCUGCCUUCUCACUCGGUCAAAUAAUGAAAAUCAGUUUGCUACCAACGAUGAUGAUGCUGAUGGCAUAUGA